ACAGUUCAUCUUUCGGGGGCAGUAUUUAUGGUCACACUAAAAUAAAUGAAAAUUAGCAACGUUUAUCGUUUCAUGUACACACUCACUGCAUCUUUCGGCUGAAUAUCUGCUGUAUAUAAUAUCAGAGCGACUUACUGAAUGACAGAACACACAGAAGUUCCUGAUGAAGGUGUGUAGGUAAUAUUUUGACAGCCCUGGAAGACAACAUGUCUGAAGAGGCACUUUCAGAAAGCGACCUGGAGGCCAGCAUUGACAGUGAAGAGGAGUGCAUGGAGAAUGAGGAAGAGGAGGAUGAUGAGGACAUGGAGGAAGAUGAGGAGGAAAAUGACGGUGACGACGAAGAUGACGGACUUGAGCGACCUGCAAGUGCCCAGAGUAGGACUGGGGAUGGCAUGGACUCUGAUUCAUCUUCCUCUGGAGAGCCCUCCUCAUCUUGCCCAUCGUCCCGUCCGUCCUCCAGACCAGCUUCUCGUUCUGGGAACUCGAGUCAGAGCAAACCGUCUAAAAAAUCAAAGAAGGACAAAGCUUCUAAAUUAACCAAACCACCCAAGUCUUCUAAAUGUCCUAAACCCUCCAAACCAGCAAAGCCAGCUCACAUGAGGAAGAACAUUAGAAAGCUGCUGCAGGAGGACCAGCUGGAGGCCGGGACCAAGGCAGCUCAGCAGGAGGAGAUGGAGAGGCGGAAACGGCUGGAGCAGCAGAGGAAAGACUUUCCUACACCAGCACCAGCUCUUGCAGACCCUCAACUAGUGGAAACAGCAGCUUUAUUAGCAGAAGUGUCUCAGUUGGUCCCUGCUCUUCAAGGCAAGCAAGAUGUGAUCUGUCUGGAUAGUAGUGGUGAGGAAGAUGAAAAAACAGAGAUAAAUUUGCCCGCCCUGGCCAUUGGAGAUGAUAUAAUUGAGCUCAGUUCAGGGGAAGAAGACACCAUGCACAUUAGCAGUGAGUCGGCUGAUGAGGACGGUGAAGCUGCCCGCGGCUCAGAGGAGAGCAGCGGUGCACAUAUAAAUGAUGCGCUGAACUUACCUGAUGCCCAGGGUCGGGUGCUGGUUAAUAUCAACCAUCCCCCAGAGGAGAAAGACAUUUAUCUGGCCCCACAGCUGGCUCGAGCUGUUAAACCUCACCAAGUUGGAGGGAUCCGGUUUCUCUAUGAUAACCUCAUUGAAUCUUUGGAUCGGUACAAGACCAGCAGUGGCUUUGGCUGCAUCCUGGCUCACAGCAUGGGCUUGGGCAAGACUCUGCAGGUCAUUUCGUUCAUCGACAUCCUUCUGAGGAACACUGAGGCCCACACUGUUUUGGCCAUCGUACCUGUCAACACACUUCAGAACUGGCUGACAGAGUUUAACCUGUGGCUCCCACCCCAGGAGGCCCUUCCUCCUGACACAGACCCAACUUUUGUCACUGGACGCAUGUUCAAAGUUCACAUUCUCAACGAUGAGCACAAAACGACUGUGGCCAGGGCCAAGGUAGUGGAAGAGUGGUCCAGAGAUGGAGGUGUGUUGUUGAUGGGAUACGAGAUGUACCGCCUGCUGACCAUGAAGAAGAGCUUUGUGAUGGGGAAGAAGAGGAAAACAAAGAAGCCCACUGGGCCGGUCAUUAUUGACCUGGAUGAGGAGGACAGACAACAAGAACUCAUGAAAGGUAUUGAAAAGGCAAUCGCUCGGCCCGGCCCUGACGUUGUGAUCUGCGAUGAAGGCCACCGCAUUAAAAACUAUCACGCCAGCACGUCUCAGGCCCUGAAGAAUAUCCGCUCGAGGCGCAGGGUGGUCUUGACCGGUUACCCACUGCAGAACAACCUCAUUGAGUACUGGUGCAUGGUGGACUUUGUCAGGCCUGACUUUUUAGGCACCCGGCAGGAGUUCAGCAACAUGUUUGAGCGUCCCAUCUUGAACGGCCAGUGCGUGGACAGCACUCCUCAAGACGUUCGCUUGAUGCGCUACCGCAGUCACGUGCUGCACAGCUUGUUGGAGGGCUUUGUUCAGAGACGAGGUCAUGAUGUGCUGAGACACCAUCUCCCAAUUAAGGAGGAGUUUGUGAUCCUGGUGCGACUUUCUCCUGUUCAGAAGGCGCUGUACACAGAGUUCAUGAAGCGGUUUAGAGAGGCAGGGAACAGCGGCUGGCUGGGUCUCAACCCACUUAAAGCUUUCUGCGUUUGCUGCAAGAUCUGGAAUCACCCCGACGUCCUCUAUGAAGCCCUGCAGAAGGAGAACCAGGCUAAUGAGCAGGACCUGGACCUGGAUGACAUCACCUCUGCCAGUAACCCUCGCUGCCCUGCACCUGGAUCUGGUCUAAAGAGCAAAGCAGCAGACUCCAGCAAUAGCAAAGUCAGCAACAGUCUGCCUCCGCUGAAUCCAUCUCAAGAUAGAGCCAAUCAAGUCAUCACAUACGAAUGGGCCAAGGACAUCAUGUCAAACUACCAGCCAGGAGUUUUAGAGAACUCAGCUAAGAUUGUUCUGCUUUUCCACUUGAUUGAAGAAAGUGUAAGAAGAAGAGACAAGAUUUUGGUCUUUAGCCAAAGUCUGUCCACUCUGUCUGUCAUUGAGGAAUUCCUAUCAAAGAGACCCAUGCCCCAAGGCAUCGUUCCCAGUGACAACCCAAACCAAAACUGGGUUCGCAACCUCAAUUACUACAGACUGGACGGCAGUACAUCUGCGUCAGAGAGAGAACGGCUCAUCAAUCAGUUUAAUGACCCAGACAACAAAUCAGCAUGGCUCUUUCUGCUCUCUACACGAGCGGGCUGUUUGGGGGUGAAUUUGAUCGGGGCCAGCCGUGUUGUUGUCUUUGAUGCGUCUUGGAACCCCUGUCACGAUGCUCAGGCAGUGUGUCGAGUGUACCGCUACGGUCAGAGGAAGCCUUGCUACAUUUACCGUCUAGUCUGUGACUUCACCCUGGAGAAAAAGAUUUAUGACCGACAGGUCUCUAAACAGGGCAUGUCUGACCGGGUGGUUGAUGACCUGAACCCAGUGCUGAACUUCACCCGAAAGGAAGUUGAGUCGCUGUUGCACUUUGUGGAAGAGGAGCCUCAGUCUGAAAAGAUCUUACUGGAAUCCCAGAGAGAUUUGGAGUCGGUGAUAUAUAGAGCUUGUGAGCUUUAUCCAAAUCUCAUCACCAAGCCCCCUUUCCACCAUGAGUCGCUGCUAAUGGACCGCAAGGAGUCAAAAUUGACCAAAGCAGAGAAGAGAGCCGCUAAGAAGAGCUAUGAGGACGAGAAACGAGCCUCCGUACCGUACUCCCGCCCUUCUUACGCCCCAUACUACCCAACCAGUGAACAUUCACUAGCCAGUAUCGCUGCAUUUAACCAACGUGGAUGGCGCCAUCUGACCCGGCCAGACGAUAAACCAGUUGCUAGUGUCAGACCCAUACAGUCAACACCGAUCCCAAUGAUGCCUCGGCAGGUCGGAAUGGGAAUGGCCGCCUCCAGCUCUGCCGGCAGCCUUCCUCUUAACUUUCUGCAGAAAGCCGGAGUUUAUGUGCAAAGGAUAGUCACCACCACAGACAUUGUGAUCCCAGGAGCCAACAGCACAACAGAUGUUCAAGCUCACAUCAGUGCAGGAGAGAGCAUCCAUGUCAUUAGAGGCUCCAAAGGUACAUACAUCAGGACGAACGACGGAAGGAUAUUUGCUGUUCGAUCUGGAAAAAUCAGCAGACAGUCAGCAGGAGUGUCUGCUUCAUCUAGAGACACCCAAGGCUCUCUGAUGCACCCAGUGAGUAACGGCUGCUCAUCUCCUGUCGAUCACCAGCGACGUCCCAUCGAUCAGAACCCUCCUUCCCCUUUAAGCUCCGAUUUUCUCAGAGAGCUCAGCCGCUACACGUCCACAGGUGAGCCUGCUGCUAGCAGGGGGGAUGAGUCUUCAUCGCUUUUGGACAUGUCGUCUAUGGGGGACGGAGGCAGCUCUCAGACCGAUGACCAGAGCCGGCAACUUGGCAACGACCUGCUGGGUUCGACCCCAGAGAUACAGCGAGGCAGCAAACGUAAGCAUGGUGAAGGUCAGGAAAAAACACAGACGGGAGGAAAACACACUUCGGUCACAUCUCGUUUCCCUGGAUUAAGCAUGGGUUCUGGUGGGCUCAGUUUUCCUCAAAUGGGUCUGAACCUGGGGAAUCUUGGUCACAUGAGUCAGCAGCUUCUAAUGCCUGGAGGAGGAUCCUCGUACCUCCAAACACCGGGACAAACGCUGGCCGACAUGCAGCCCAUGUUCCCCUCUGUGGGCACAGACCUCAUGAGACAGUCUGCAGCAGGGAAUGGCCACCUUCCUCCCCCCUCCUCAUCCUCUGCCUUCUCUUCCUGCUCUUCCACCAUUCCCAUGUCGUCAACAGUGACCUCUUCCUCCCUCCCAUCUGGUCCUUUGCCCUCAUACUUGAUGAACCCCAACAUGGCAGGCCUGCUUUCUUCAAGUUUUCCCCUCAGCUACAGUCAGCCACUGCUUUCUGCACCAAGAAUGUUCCCCAAUCCAUUGCUGGCUGGGUCAGGGGGCUUUUCCAUGCCAAACUCCAACUCUGCUACAUCUGGCUUCCUCUCUCAUUUCAACAACCCCACCUCUAGCCUGCUAGGGGCCGCUCUGACACAACCAGACAGACACUCGAGCACCGUGAAUGGAGGGGAGAGCUCUGACGAUGAUGUUAUAGAGGUCACUGGUCAAUAAUAAUUUUUAAGUUUCCCAAUGGUGGUAUUUCAUACAGUUUUACAGGAAAAAAAGGUCAUUUGAAAUGGGAAAAAUGUAAGAAUAACUACAAAUCAGGAGCAAAAGGACUAAAAUCAAUCAUUGAUGACUACAUCUAUCAUUGAAAGUGCUGUCAGAAACCUGACAGCAAGUGAUCAAGAGCAGAAAAUGUGAAACUCCUCCUUGCAGUGUUCACAUCAAUAAUCAAUUCAGUGUGAAUGAAUUAUUCCCAGGUAUAAAGUGAGCUAACUUAAAAGGUGUUUAUUUUCAAUAAACAGGUUACACAGCUUCUGUUUUAGAUGCUGCGAUGCAGAAGUAUUCAUACCCCUUGAACUCUUUAACAUUUUGUCAGUUAGUGUCAGACUUCAUUGUAUUUCAUUGGAAUCUGAACCGAUAGACCAAUAAUAAAGUUUUGCAUAGUUGUUUAGUUAAAGGGAAGUUGAUAUUUGUUUUUUGUUUUGUUUUUUAUCCCUGGUCUGGUUUCUGCUCAGCCCUGAAGAGUUCAUACUUUGCAGCUCCACUUUUGUACACAAUUACAGCUGCAGGUAUUGUUGGACUUUCCUCUACCAUCUUUACUUAUCUUUGAUUUAGGUUUUUACCCUUUUUAUUUUUACAAAAUACCUUAAGCUCAUUCAGAAUGGAUAGUCGACACCAGCGUUAAAGAUUCAUAAUUAGUUUUUUUCUGGACUUUACCUAGGCUAUUCUGACACAUGGGUGGUUUGUUUUAAACCAUUCUAUUGCAGCAGUCUGACUUUAUCUAAUUACUUACUCUUAGAAUCCACUUUGAUCAGCCUCCCGAUCAACGUCCAUGAGAAGUAUUCCCAGAGCAUGAUGCCACCACCACCAUUCCUAACACUGAGGACGGCCUGUUUAGGAGGAUUUCUGCCAUACCAGGGGUUUUGAAUAUGGGCCAAACGGUUAUUGAUGAUUAUUUUUCAAUACAGACUCUUCUUUCCAGCCUUCCACGAAGGACUGUUAAAGUUAAAACAGGACAAAGUUAAAAAGGGUGUAUAAUUUCCAUUCCAACCAAUAUUUAAGCCUUUCUGUUGAGCUAUGACAAAAGCUCAACAGACUGCAUUUUAGUGUGAGGUCAUAAAUGUGACAAAAUGUGAAGAGCUUUGAAGGGUAUGAGUAAUUCCCAUUCCUAAUGCUCCUCUUCAGUCACAAACACACACCGAUUAUCCAGCUAAAAAAACAGAAUCAGACCUUAAUUGCUGCAAAGAGCAACACAAACCUUCUGCUGAAUGUGUCUGUGUUCAUCUGGAGCUUCAGGGGAGGGGGAACAGAUCUGUCAAAACAACAACAAGGUUUGGUUUGGACACGUUCAACAUUUAGAGUUUCUUCUCUGUAGAUAAAGGGGUUAUAGCGUUUGUCAAAAAGUAAACAAUAUAUAAAGAGAGUCCUUCAAUGCGUACCUCAAAAAGCAGAAAUUUUAGGCUUAUUUUAGUCUUUAGCAGAUUGAUAGAAAUAGUAGCAGCCCCUUGUUGAAAAGAGACGUGUGGCGCUAAAAUUGGAAAUGUUAAAACUUGUAAAUAACAGUCUUUAUCAUUGUUUAUAUUGCAAGUCGAUACUGUGCAGUGUGUAGAUUUCAGUGGUAGAGCGAUUGUUUAUUACAAUAGUGGACAUGAUAAACACCCCAGCUUUGGUAAGUAUUAAUUUCAUUUUAAGGGUUUUCUUUAUUUACCUCCAAACUGAAACGAAUGUACUUUCAUGCUGUAAACGCAGGGACUGGGACAUGGAUUUGUUCUGUGGAUUCUUUAGUUUAUUUUGUAUACUUUUCAUCUACACUAAAGGGUCUUGAUUUUUGAAAUUCCCAAAUAGUAGAUCAUUCAUAUGUAUCAGACAGCUGGCGUUGUGAAUAUAAGCAGCAAAUUACAAAACCAAAUGAAGCUCAAACCAAGGAUCUCCGUUCCAAACUGAUUAACUUUCAUCUAGUUGUGGAUCUUAGACAACCAUUUGUUUACAGCACUGGUCAGAAGUUUUCAUGCACUCAUCAUCAGCAGAUAUGUUCUCUUUUUUUCAAUGAGGGUUAAUAUCACAACAUGCACAAGCUUGGUUUUAUCUUUCGUUUUCCAACGCAGAUCAUUUAAAUAUUUGCUUAUACUGCUGCUAACAUUUGGAAAAUAUCGUCUGUGUGCUUUUUCAGGCCAUCUACAAUCUUCUGGCAUAAUUGCUUCGAUAUUUGACCACUCUUCUCAUCGGAUGUUUUAAUUCAAGUUGCUAAUUUAAUUUGUUGGUUGAGAAUACAUCUAACAAUCAUUUUAGGUGACGUUUAAAGAAAAAAUAUGGUCAUAAAAAUACUUGGGAAAACCAGUCCCUGACUUCCUGUUUAUGAUGAGACUGGCCUAAGGUUUGGCGGCUCCUGUGUUGUCGUCGACCAUCCUCAGCAAUUUUAUUUAACCUGAGGAAGACUGUUUUGGUGAGAUGGUUAAAACUUGGGUUCAUCUAAAAAGAAGCACACUAACAUUAACCGUCUAUGCUUUUUUUUUUUUUUUAUCCAUCAGAGCUUUUUUUCAGCUGUUAUAAAUCUGACCUCUAAAACAAGCAGUUCACAUGCAUCAUUAAAAGCCAAAUUCUACCUGGUGUAUGAAUACUUCUGACCUGUCCUGUGUAGAAUUAUUUAACCUAAACCUUACUAAAGAAAAUCCUUUAUAUAAGGUCUCUAAGAACCAACGGUCCCUAAUCUUGAAUAAAACCACUGAAUCUGCCCUUCAGUCAAACAGGCCACCCUCAUUUUGUCCUGAUGACUUUUAUCAGUAAAACUGCCCAUGAUAGUGGCUGAGCCAGAUGAGUCCAUGCGGUGGCCUUACAAAACUGACAGUGCCGUUAUGUGAUGAUAGCCGUUUAGCUGCAGUGUGCGUUGCUUCUGUCAGGAGUGUCACUAAGUGUGGUUUGCUUUACAGCAGUUUAGCUCCCGUUUUCUUUGUCUGUUUCUCUGUCACCUGUUUAGACGUAGGACAAGUCCUUUUCCUCUGCUGGUAAACUAGGCUAGACCGUUAAUAUUAGCCUUUAAGAAACACUGGAUACACUUAGACAACAGAUCAUUCCCUUUAGGAUUUAUCUUUUUUGGUUAGAGGUACUGUUUGCUUUUGCCUGUUUCCAGCUCGGUCGCCUCCUGGAUUCUUCAUUUUAGUUCUUUCAAAGAAUUAUGAGUUUUUUUUGUCCUAUUUGUCACUAAACAUGUGGUUUAUGAUUCAAACGUGGAGCUAGCACUUUGUAAAAGGAACAUUUCUGGAUUUGAGCUGUGUGAGGUACAUUAUAUUGACCCCACUGUCUUUUCUUUCUUUAGUCUCUACUAUAUUUUAUUAUAAAAAUAGUUUUUUCAUGAUGUCCAAUUCUAGUUAAUCCACUUGACAUUUGAGUCCCUCAUUUUUGUGUCUAAAAUGUACUUAUUUAUAAUGUAAAAUAUGGUUUUGUAACUGUAUUUUUUUGUUACUUUUUGUUCAUUUGGACCCAUUAAUGGCUGAUUCAGUAAAGAUUUCAUACAUGCAGCCUAAAUCAAAUGAAAAAACUAUGUGAUAUCAAUGUUAUUUCAAAAAUAAAAUAAUCUUCUAAUA